AAUGUGGAAAAAUCCCCAGUGGAACACUGAAGCCCACCUGCAGCAGGUAUGUGCACACAAACUGCAGCUAUACCUGUGAUACCAGCAAUGUAGUUCAUUCAGCAUCAUGUAUAUUGGUGGGCCCAUGGGAUAAUGUCACGGCCCAGUGGUCUCUCACAGAGACCUGUACUGCUGCCAGGUUUGUGCCUUACAUCAGCACCGGUUUCCCAAGACAAAGUUUAACAUCAGUACCUGAAAAUGAAGUACCCGUGUGGAGACCUGUUAUUGAUGUUCAAGGUACUGUGACAUCAGCCAAUGGGAUUGCUAGCAAUGUGACAUCAGCCAAUGGGAUUGCAAGCAAUGUGACAUCACCCACUGGGAUUGCAAGCAAUGUGACCUCACCCACUGGGAUUACAAGUGUUACAUACAGUCCAGGGAACCCGUCUGACGAUGUGACGCCUGUUGUUAUUGCUGUUGUUGUGACAGGAUUUGUCAUCGUGCUGUGUAUACUCUUCACUUUUUUUCUUUGUAAACGGAGGCGGACAAAUAAAAGGCAGAUAAAUUGUCCAGCUCACCAAGAAGAAUGUAAUGGACAUUCCCAGAACACAGCUGAAGAUUUGCAACAGGAGCCAUCGGCUGUAGAGGAUAUUAGCCAGCAGCUUCCAAGUGAUCCACUCAUUGAGAUUGAACCCAAAGCCUUUACAGAUCUGCCUGACUGGAGGAGUCUCCCAGAUUAUAAUUAUACAGAAAAUAAUAACCAGUAUAAAGAUGUGGGAGAUAAAAACCCCCUGGAGGUGUUGGACAUGUGCAGUGGAUUGGACCCUGCAAGCUUGGAUGGAAUCCUUGUUCACGACAUGUCAGGAACUGUCAGUUACGGGAAAACUCCACAUGUAUUUGCUG